AUGGCUGCACGUCCUAUUGCUGGUCGGUCUCAUGUGGCUGGACAAGUGCUGAAAUCGGGCCGCGUCACCAAAGGAAAGACGGAGGGAAACAAAGUUCCAUCAGACCAGAUUGAAGCGGCCAUCACUGACCAAGCCCUGGAGCCAGUGCGUGCUGAACCACCCGCGUGGGCUGAGAAUUACCAACAGUUGUGCGAUGCAAUUCCUUGGUUCCAUUGCACUCAGAGUGUGAUGGAUCACAAUGAGCGCCUUUGCUGGGGCUUUCUGAUUGAUGCCGACGGUGGUACCCGGACCUACAUUGACGAAGAAGUCAUCAUAACUCGAAUUGGUGAUUGCUGCACCAAAGACUCAGAGGGAAACCUGGCCCUCCAAAAGAAUCAGGAGGCUGAUAGCACGCUCGCCCGAAGCAUCAUUGCCAGCCUGAACUCAAAGCUUCCUGUUGGGUUAAUUAUUGGGAGCAAGCACAAGAUCCUCAAUCGUGACCUGCCACAUCGAUACAACGUCAUGGCAUGGUUUCGGGUUACCAAUGUUUGGUUUGAAAGAAUUGGUACAAACCAUGGAGCAAAAGUCCGUUUUGAGAAAUUGGAUCUCGCGGAGAAAAGCUGGUGGGCAGCAAAGGGCUCUGCUCCUCCAAUGCCCCUCGAACUCAGAGACUUCGACACGAAGCCUCAAACCCUGAAGUGCGAGGGCUGCUCCAAGGAAAGCAUCCGUGUCUAUGAGGAUGGCUGGAUGUGCCUUCAGCCGGAGUGUGACAGGUUCUGGAAGAUUGGAAACGUUUCCAGUCCUCCUGAACUAACCUUUAACCCUGCCUUCUUGAGCUUCCGCAGUCGUCCCGACGAUGAAAUUCUCCCUAACUGCAGCCUUGUCCCCGAUCAUCUUUCGACACUGAAUGAGGAUGCCACGGACAUCAGCACAUCUCGUGGUGCGUGGAAAGGAAUUGUGUGCCCCGAGUGUCACAAGUGUAUUCGACGAACUUUGUGGCGAGGUUGGAAGUGUUGCGAUGACUCUGGCGCCGAGAGGGGUGGUAAGCCUAUCUCGUGCCGGGUUGUAUACGAUGAUUCCGAGCGGCCCUCAAUGAAACGAGAAAUGGUCUUCGAUAAGAAAUUCAUGAUCCCAGAGAUCGAUGAUGUUAGCUUGCCACCCUAUUGCAAGCUCACCUACAAACUUGAUGGAGUCGGCUUCAUCACCCAUUUUGUCGCGAACGCAGAAAUCAACAGCCGACCAAAUGGGCACGACGACCUGUUUAUCGGUCUUCAGCGUGAAGAUCUUGGUUUAAAACUUUUUCCGCUUUUGUCCAGUCUAGGUAACUUCGGGAUUCUUACUUUGUUGAUCCGCAUGACGUACAAGCUCUUCAAUGGAAAUACUCAACGGGUGGACACCGGCGAUGGCAAAUCUGUCUCUGGGAGUGCUCUGCAAGACAACUCCGUGCUGAAAGGCUGCCGGUUGGAAGAUGAGUGUCGUGUGCUCAAGGAGAAGUGGAAAGCUGGCGAGAUCUCCCAAGAUAAGUAUGACAACUCUCGGCGAACUCUCUUUGCCACCCAGAAGGGAAAGUAA